CCCACAGCGCGUGCGCGGGGCGGGCGGAGCGCCGGCUCCGGGAGCGCGGGGGGGGGCUCAGCGGCGACACCGACACCGACACCGGCACCGCACCGCACCGGGGCUCGCAGCCUUGGCCGGGGACGAGGAGCACGACGAGAAGGAGGAGGAGGCGGACGGAAGCGGGAGCGGUCGCGGGUGCCGCCGCGGGGAGCGGAGCGAGCGCGGGGCGGCGGCGGCGGCUCCUCCAUCAUGUCGUCGGGCGGGGACUUCGGGAACCCGCUGCGGAAAUUCAAGCUGGUGUUCCUGGGCGAGCAGAGCGUGGGGAAGACUUCCUUGAUCACCAGGUUCAUGUAUGACAGCUUUGACAACACCUACCAGGCAACAAUUGGCAUUGACUUCUUAUCGAAAACCAUGUACUUGGAGGAUCGAACAAUCAGGUUGCAGCUGUGGGAUACUGCGGGUCAGGAACGUUUCCGUAGCCUCAUUCCCAGUUACAUCCGUGACUCUGCUGCUGCUGUAGUAGUUUACGAUAUCACAAGUAGGUAUUUUGUACGGUUGCAAUUAUGGGACACAGCAGGUCAAGAGCGGUUCAGGAGCUUGAUUCCUAGCUACAUUCGUGACUCCACUGUUGCAGUUGUUGUUUAUGAUAUCACAAAUGUAAACUCCUUCCAGCAAACCACAAAGUGGAUCGAUGAUGUCAGAACGGAACGGGGCAGCGAUGUCAUCAUCAUGCUGGUGGGAAAUAAAACAGAUCUAGCAGAUAAGAGACAAGUGUCCAUUGAGGAAGGAGAGAGGAAAGCCAAAGAGUUGAAUGUAAUGUUCAUUGAAACUAGUGCAAAAGCAGGAUACAAUGUAAAACAGCUUUUCCGACGCGUGGCAGCUGCCUUGCCUGGGAUGGAAAGCACACAAGACAAAAGUAGAGAAGACAUGAUUGACAUAAAACUGGAAAAGCCUCAAGAGCAGCCUGUCAGUGAAGGAGGCUGUUCCUGCUAAUACCAUGUGGCUUCCACCUUUCUCCAGAACAUCACUGCUUUCCCUCCCUGUCCUCUUCAUUGACUGCAGUGUGAAUAUUGGCUUGAACCUUCCCCUUUCCGUAAUAACGUAUCGCAGUUCAUCAUCGCUGGCUGUCUCGUGGAGAUGAUCUUUAGCUUCACAAGCACACCCCACACACACACACACACACACCAACAAAAUGUCAGUGUCUUCAUUAUUUAUAAAAAAAAAAAAAAAGAAAAAAAAUCCAAACAAAAAAUAGGUACAAUUUCUUAAUAUUUGUUCUUUUUUUAAUAUGUUAUGAUAUUGCACUUUGAAAUGAUGGCAACCGAGUAAGUUUGGAAUUGGACCUAGAURAGAUGUAUGUGCAGAAGAAGGCUUGCAAAUCUGACCCAUUGGAUUUCUCUCAGAAACUGGGAACGCGUAGACAGCAGGCGGAAUCAUGGGGGGAGGCGGCAGAUGCCGAGGGUUAAACGCUUAUCCUUGAUAAUUAAACACAAAUGAACCCCGGGCUCUAAUUGCGUUGAGCAGAGCGAGUGUGCCUGGUGCCCAAACCCAGCCCGGCCCUAGCGGGGUUUGACUCCGCCGGCUGCCGGAGCUGCCCAGGCAGCGGGGACACGUUUCCGAGGAAGCAUACCGGGAAAUACGGACGGGCUCUUUGGGAUGAGUGGCUUCUGGAGGAUUUGGGGGGGAAGGAAAGGGUGGAUGUGCAUUAGCAAAACACUUGCAGGAAACAGGGAAAUAAUGUUCCGAGUGCAAAAUGAGUUUUUCAGAGCGUUUUUUUUUUUUUUCUUUUUAAGUAGAACACCAAUGAAGUGAAUUAUUACUGCCCAAGAGAUGGGAAUGUAACGUUUCAGCUGUUUGGAGGAGAAAGCAUUUUGCUUCUUUGUUUUUUUAGGGGAAAUACUGAAAUCAGGACUGGCACUAAAACCUGCCAAAGCCGAUUGAAACCUUGGAAAUUUGGGAGAAAGAGGGAAGAGCAGCUGGCUGCCCCAGCAGAGGGGGAAUGGCACACGCUUUUCCGGAGCGUGGGCAUAGGUCGGUGGGGAAGGGGUGUUUACUUUGAUCUUACAGAAUCCUAGUUGAGACAUUGUAGAUGGAAAGGGAGGGACUUGAAUAGGAUGGAAACCAACUUCUGAUUAUGCAGAUUUAUGCCUUUAUUUUUUAGCUUUUUUUUUUUUUUUUUUUUUUUUUUUUUUUUUUUUUUUUUUUUUUUUUAUGUUCAGUCUUCCAAGUUGGUUUAGUUUGGUUCUCUAGAGCUGUAUAGUUUGGUUAAAUAAUUAGUAAUUUAGUUUUCUAUGGAAUUAGGCUCACAAUUAACCCUUUUUUCUUUGAUAUUUAUUUCUUGGCUCCAAUUUUUUUACUCUUUUCAGUGCUGAUUUUGUUGUUUUCCUUUGGCUGAGGAAUCUGUGUAGAGCUUUGCUGAUGUUGCGAGAUGUAGCUACCCGAGAAACACGGAAUGGAACACACUAGAAGUGCACCCUUUUAAUCUUUACUAGUCAUUGUGAAGUUGCUGUGUAAGUUAAUAAACACAAUUGUAAAUACAUUGUUUGCUGGGCGACUCUGGCCGAGUUACAGUGCAGGAAGGAAUUCUCGAGUCUGUGUUGCGAUUGUGAAUUAAACGGACAAUUGCAAGGGAAUGUUCAGGCUCCUCCUUGGUUCUCUUCUGCCUCUCUCUCUACCAUCUAAAAUAACCAACUGGGGGAGAGGAAGGGAAUCAUCCUCACCACCACUUUCCCCAGGAAGCGGGCAUAAAAGAGUUGGAAUUCUUCAUUCCUGAGGUGAAUGCCAGGCUCCUGCCCUGCCCUGGGUUUCUAGCAGCUCUGCACAACAAUAACUUAAAGGCAGAACGAGAUGUAAAAGUGCUUUUCUAAUGCAAUAUUAAAGGCGAGUUUUUUUGACGUGGCAUGUCUUGAAAUAAACAUCAAUGAUAUGUGACAAAGGAUCAUUCUUUAUUUAAAAGAAACUCUCUGGGGGAAGGAAACCUGGCUGCUUUUCCUUUGUUGUACUGUUCUUAACCGUGCAGAAGUGCUUCAUCCUGCUGCUUCUUCCUUUGCUUUGGUUUGCUUUUUCCUUCUUUGGUUUUCCCUGCAGCUUCUGWUGGUCCUCAUGUGGCUGUUCCCCACAAGCACAUUCUUUUUUUCCCCUUGCUGCUAAUAGAACCAGCCUCCUCUGCUUCCCACAGUCCCAAGCUGUAAGYACUGGUUUGAGGAGCUGGCUUAGCCCGUAUGGGCUAUGGUGGCCCAGCAGCCUGGCUGCUUUUCCUGCAAGGCCUGAGAGCAGGUUUGUCCAGAGCUCCCUGGAAACAAAUGUCUGGAGAGCAGCUCAGGGUUCAGCCCUGGGGCUGCAGGAGCACGGACGAGGCCGUGGUUSGGCACUUCCACAUGAGCUCCCCGGGGCUGCUCAGCACAGCCAGGUAUGUUCAGURCAUGUCCUUGCUAAUUGUCCUUGCUUAACGUGACCACAGGGCUCAAUCCUGUCCUGAUCCUAGUUUUCCAGAGAAAACACAUUUCCAAAGUGAGCACAGGAGCAACGUGGUCUUUAUAUAAAUUUUGUUUCURUUUUUUUUUUGCACCAUCCAUCUGUCAGGUUUUYGAUUUUAAUUUUCGUUUGCUCCAUGGACGUGGCCAGUGGAACCAUGGGAACAGACUUUUUAGUGCUGACUUUCGUGUGAUUUUUUGAGUGAAGGUCUCGGCUCUGUUUCUUUUCUCCUCCCUGCCUGRCUUGCUCGUUGUACAGUCCAUCAUGCAGCUAUUCCAUGCCUCACUUUUUGUCUUGAUAAAAGUAGUUGAAGAAAUUGUGUAAGGGGAAAAAAAGGUUCCUUUUCUUCAUGUUGGAAUGUCACUGGUACCUCAGCUCUGUUUGAUAAUAUGAACCAACAACAACAAGAGAACAAAUCCUUAGCGCUUGAACUAAAUAAAUACCUGUCUCAUUGGAAAGCUCUGGGUCUCUUCUCUCAGCAYGUCCAGCGCAGCACAGGCGGGAGGUGCAGCUCCUCACGGGAUCUGAAGUGCUGCACGAGGCUU